AUGAAACGACAUUUGCCAAAUGCAAAACAAGUUGAUUAUUUAAUUGGAAAUAUCGAAAAUGAGGUAACCGAAAGUAAUAAAAACAUAGAGAAAUCGUUAUCUGUGAACAUCUUGCCUAAGCUUUGCGAAACUAGAUGGUCUGCUAGAGUUGAUACUCUUUCAGUUGUCAUUGGAAAGUAUGCAGCCAUAUUAUCGACGCUGGAAGAUGUCAGAAAUGAAAGCACUGUAUCCGAUGCUCGUACGAAAGCCACUGCAUUUAUAAAUAUGAAGGAGAAGAGUUCAUUUAUUGUUGCAAUUGUUGUUGCACACCACAUACUGAGUUAUAUGAAGCCUCUGACUUUGGCUCUCCAGAGUUCAAAAUGUGAUGUAUACAAGGCCUUUGUUGACGCACAGAAUUGCAAGCAAGUUAUUAAUGAUAGCGUUGUGAGGAAGUUUUUCAGAGAUGUAUAUGGUCAAAAGCAUCAGCCAUUACUGACAGAAGUCAACGAUAGAUUUUCUGACGAGACACGUCCUUCAUUCCUAGCCUUCAAGCUUCUUCCAGGCCAGAUAGACACACUUACCCGAGACGAAUUGGCAGAUAUUAUAGAAAGGUUCCAAGAUGAUUUACCGGACAGAGAUGUGUUUAAUCAAGAAUUCGAACGUUGGAAAGUGUUCUGUGGCAACUUGCCGAAUGAUGGUUUUGAAAGAAAUUCCUUAAGCAAUGCAAUCAUGUUAGCUGACUCGGACUUUUACCCAAAUUUGCAUGUCAUUUUCCGUAUUUUGCUCACCAUGCCAGUUGGAUCUGUGCCUUGCGAAAGAUCUUUUUCCGCAAUGAGACGUCUGAAACACUGGGGGAGGUCAACAAUGAAUGAGGAUCGCCUGGUCGGUCUUGCCUUGCUGUUCAUUUACAGACACCAGGCAGUUUCUGUUCGCAAUAUACUUACCAGAUUUGCCGAAUCCAAACAACGCAGAAUUCAAUUGAAGUUUUAA